CGGGCGUGAAGACCUCGCGCGAGUGAAGCAAUGCAGCGCCAAUGCAACGGUUCGCCAGAUCCCGCUGCAUUGACUCAUGACCGGCCAUCGCGGAGGUGGAUCUGUCGGAGAAGAAGACUGUGGCGUGGGGCGUUGGUGGCUGCAUCGGCAGCGCUGAUAUGGGGGAGGGCAGCACACGCCAUCGACUACAGCAACGACCGGUGCAGGCUGACCAACGCAUCGUUCCUUACCAAUGACGAGCUGGUGAGUUGUGCUCUGCUUCAUUGAUUCAUUCAUUGAUUCACUGACCUGUACUGUGUGUUGGUGGGGCUUUUUGCAUGCUGCAGUUUUGGUACGAUUCGAAGGAGGGGCGGGUUAAGCCCAGAUGUGAGAGCUGCUUUCCUCUUGAAGUCACCGGUGAGCGAUGGGGCGACGCACGAGGGGUGGGCUUCCGUUCUCUCAUCCGUGUGUGUGUGUCUGCCUACAUUGCAGCCACGCAGCUCUGCCUUACCGAUUGCUUCUUUCCAUACCAAAAGUGAGUGAGUGAGGCGGAUGCCACAAAUGAGCUAAUGACCAUAUCUGCCGGUGUUGUAUGUGUGUGCGUCAUUCCCUCAGUGGCACACACGACUUUGACAGUGUGGUUGACACGCUGUUCCGACUGCCCUGGGAGCACCUGGUGCAGCCGCCAUUCGCCAACGUGACUCUGGCCAACCCAACAUUCAUCGUCGGUAAGUGAGAAGGACCGUCCUGCACACAAAGACUGUGUGUGAUUCUGUUUGUGUGCAGGUUAUGGCCCUCCCGGCAGCGGCAAGAGCCACAUAGUAGAGUGGCUGUCGUAUCUGGCGCCUGAGCUGCAGGUGACCCGGGACAACACGAUGGACGGCAACAUCGACAGUGAGCAGUGUGUGGGGACCAGACCCACAGUGCCCGAGCAGACACGCACACCCCACAUGUGUGUCUGCUCUCUCAGUGGUGUUUCAGUCGCUUCGUCAGUUCCGCGUCGAGUACGAGAGCAUGAGCCAGGCGUGUGCCAACUGCACGUGCACCACAGACGAGCUCCUGGGCUUCAGACAGAGACUGUAAGCUACACUCGCUGUCCACACAGCUACCAGCCGGAGAAUUGCUGUGUGUGCAUGUGGCAUCAAUGUGGCAUCAGGUACUCGGUGUACCGUUAUUUUUCUGACCAAGUCAACGACGAGUUGCUCUACCUCAGCACGCUCGAAAGGUUUCAGCCGGAUUCCUUUCACAUAACACGACAGGCACACAUGCGCGAAGGACGCUGAGCACUUUUGUCUGCCUGCCUGCCCCUCUGGUGUCAGGUUGAACAUAUACUGGGAGACGACCGGCUGGGCCACGACAUGGACUCUGCCGAUUGUCGAGAAGAUGAAGCGCUGGGGGUACAGAGUAGUUGUCGUAUACCCACUGGUGAGGCAAGCAAUCACAUACCCACCCAAGAGGCACUCACUGACCUUGCCACCUGCUCGCUACGCCUGCAGGCUUUCACCCAUCAGCUGCAGCAACGUGCUUCAAAGCGGGAGAAAGAGAAAGGUCACCACACUACACAUACAUUUCUCCGUCCAUCGAUCACAUGCGUCGCUCUCUGCAUUCGUGGACGCAGGUCAGAUCCUGAACUAUCCUGUGUCCAUUGCGCGCAACGCCGAGCGGGCCACGAGCAACUUUCUGCUGCUCGGGGCGAGCCCGAACGACACCACGCUUGACGUGACCGGCCGGCGGGUGCUCAAGGGUGCAGACAGGCUGCUGCUGGUCGACAACAGCGGUAGGAAGACCAGCAGGCGGCCCCUCAUAUUCGACCGUCGGUGCGACACCGGCAUUAGUGUGUCGGGAGAGGCCAAAUUCGAAUGCUUGUAAGAUACGGAAAGGGCAGAUCUGACGGACCAUUGCUCUCUGUGUGUGCCAGCACGACCUGCAAUCCAUCGUUCUGCGACCGGCUUGACGUGUGGCUCGGUGCUGGUGGCAUUUCUGCGGCUGAAGAGGAUGGUGGCAUGAGCGGCAUUGAAAAGCAGAUGAUUGAGUGCUGCACAGCCGACUGGCGGGCGAGGGAGUGCGCGAGGCGGCUUGCUGGCAAAGUGCUGGCAACAUACAGUGACGAAGAGAUCAUACAGGCACGCCCAUGCACGCUAGGCGAAAACAUGCGCACGCAUCUCAUCUCUGCCACGUGUGUUCUGUCAGCUGCGGUCGCUGGGUCGCAUGCCAUGGGACAGUCGGCUGGCGCGCGAUGCCUUCCGGCUGAUCCACGUGCCGUCCGACCAGCCCAUCAGCAUUCCGCAGCGUUGCGUGGCCGAGGCGCACACCCUGCACGCCAACCAAGUGCUCCAUGCCUACAUCAUCCAGCAGCUCAAGCAGACGCAACAAACAACCGAUCUUCAGAAACACGUCCAAGUGAGCCACGGGGGCGUCUGUACCAAUGCACUUAAGCCGAUGCGUCUUCUCUUGUGUUGUAUUGUCGACUGGACUGAUGGGCUGACAGGAGGUGAUCGACGCGCAGGAGCAGCUCGCCUUUGAGGGCUAUGCGGCCAGGUGUGCACUGAUGGCGAAUGCGCACAUGACGCUGCAAGAGACCUUCUCGAUCGUCGAAGAGGUGAGUGACACACAAAAAUGUCCCUUGUUCGUCUCGUCACAUCCACUGGUCUCUCUCUCCCUCUCUCUCUGUGGUGGGCGCAGGUGCUGCAUUUGGAGAAGGGCAUGCAGUUCUACUGGACAAAGGACAGGCAACUGUGCGCCCUACGCCGCUACCCGUCCCCCUCCCUCCCCCCCCACCAUUUCUCGGGACUCGGCCCUCCUCGUCCCCCGCCAAACAGCCGCCAGCAUCAUCACAACAACACGACAACAACAGCCGCCCUCGGUCACCCCCAGUUCUUCAAGUCGAAUCUCUGCGUGUCUGUGAUGCCCUUCAACACGCCAUGUGGCCUGCCCGGCCUCCAGGACGGCCGCCACAAAUGCUGGAUGAUCGCUCUACGGGAGCGUGUCAACGUGACGGCCAGCAGCCGGUUGGGCGGUGACGGUCAUUACUCGAUGGACGACCAUCUUGAGAGGAGAUGUCGUGAGGCUCUUGGAGUGCCGUCCUGCCAGCACUGGGAGUUCCGAGAGACCAGCAGCAGCAGCAGCAGCGGCAGCGGCAGCCGUCAGCAAAUGCACACAGACGGGCGGCAAAGGGAGACCAUCCGACGGCUCUAUCUCAAAGGCAGCAACAUGGUCUUCUCGAUGGUAUUCCCCACCCCCCGGAAUGUAUUCUGACACGCGUGAGCGCCUGUGUGUGCAGGUGGGCGGCAGCGUGACCAGUCGCUCGCCGGAGGACAUUGCGCGUGAGGUGGCCACGGACAGGGGGCGGCCGUCGAUCACGGAGGAGGUGCGGGACGGAGUGCGCGUGGGCCGGAGGAAGCUGUCCAUCCUGGCGCCUGAGUGGACUGGCGCCGACUCGUCGAUGGACGACCCUCAGUCACUAUCAGGUGAGUCAAGACACCGUCACGCCAUUGCGGUGUGUGUGUGAGUGUUGUGGAUUGUGUCGUCGACGAAUGCAGACAGCCGCGCCCGCCUCUUGUCGCUCUACAGCAGCGACAUCAACGAGUGCCGGUCAGCGCAGUGCCACGCACCCACCUGCCAAUCUGUUGUCCUUUCCAUCGGUGUACUUCUCUGUCUGUCUGUGUGUGUGUUGGUGCUGCGGUAGCGAUGUAUGGGAUAAGCGUCGCGGCAAACCCACAGACGCGUUGUCGGAUCCCUUCACUGCAGCAUUUCGAGGCGAAAUGGACAGAAAAGGUCAGCCACACAAGGACCAGUCAGAUAAGCGCAUCUCGGUCAUCACUUGGCCUCCCAUCACGGCUGCAGUUCCCCGCUCGCCACUGCACUCGGCAGACGUGAGCAUGCGACUGGCUGCCGUGCAUGAGCAUCCGAGGUUGCCGGCGGCCAUCGAUGGUGCAGGGGAGGGUGCAUGGGGCGUGGGGAUGUGGAGGUCGCUUGCUGAGCAGCUCAGGCUAUUCGCUUGAGUGAGUGAAUGGGAGGGAUCGAUGCUCUGUCUGUGUAAGGUUGUCAGUGCGUGCAUGUGUGUGCACUGCAACAUGAGACAUAGGACAUAUAGACAGACAGACACAUUCAUGCCCUGACGUCUGCGCUGUGCAGCUGCUGCGAUGAUCCGUCCAUCCGUCCAUCG